AAGACACCUGCACAACUAAAUUAGGACAUUGACAACACCCUUCGUUCCACUCUGUUCCACUUAUUAUACCACCUUUGGUUUGUCGAUUUGAUUAUUCCAACUUUAUUAUUCGUUGCUUUAUACCUUCAGACGUGUUCCACAUCGCUGCUGGUAGUCUGAGUCACUCAACUUCGACUACUCGGCCGUUCUAAGUUUCAAUCCCACCCUACUUGAUAACCUGUCACGGACUAGUAGCUCCUGGGGAUAUGCAGGUCCUACCGUUUAUCCAAGUUAAAGACCUAGCCCCGUCGGCCUCCUUCUACGCCGCUGUGGUCCAACCCCUCGGCCUUCGUUAUAUAUCUGCCACUCCCACUUCGGUAUUGUUUGGCGACACUGCUUCAUCCUCUCCUGAACCGGUCUUCGAAUUGAAACAGGACGUCGACUCAGACUCACAAUUCGUGCGACCUUGCCGUAUAGUUCUCUCGGCAAGAUCACCUUCGGCUGUCGCUGCUUUCCACGAAGCUGCUUUACGGUCCAACCCUGAUCUAAAGGACGGAAAAUACGGCGUGAACUAUAUACGCAUUCAGAAACCAGACUCGAGCGAAGAGAGUCGUGCUAUAAUCGGAGACUUUGACGGCAACAUAAUGGAAGUCAUCCACGCCAACACUUCGAAGAAGUAUGCCGCGAGCCGGACGGGCUCGACGGUAAGCCGCUCUCAUUCUUCUUCACAGGAAUCUAGCCGCGUUCUUGAUUGGACUAUGGAUGUCGGUGCUCCCAUGGUUCCUUUGCCACGGUCUAUUGCCCGUCCUGCUGCACCUGGUUCUACAGUCGGCAGCUACGUCUCCUGCGGCGAUUCCUAUACGGUGGUCCCAGAAAGCACUACUACCUCGUCAACCAUUGAGCCUCCACCUGAGGAGGGCCCAAAAGGGUUGAAUGCCACCACAAUCCUUGGUGCCGUCUUUGGUCUUGCAGUGGGCGCUGCUGUUGGUGGCGCGCUAACUUAUAAUUCGUUGAAAAACAAAGAAGAGCAAGAGACCAUGGCGUUCCAAGGGCACAAUAUACCCCCAUUUACCAGGAGAUCCACAUACCCGGACCAAUCUCCGGACCGACCCCGGUACUACCCUCCGAGUAGCUACAAUGGCGGUAAUCCUCGAGGUAGAAUGGUAGAAGACGUCGACGAUCGCUCUAGCCGUUACUCAAGCCACUACACCACUGGUAGCCGAUCCCGCGGCCGUAGCGAGGCUUCCUCGUCUAGACGCCCCUUUAUGAUUGAUGAACACGAGUAUAAAAGCAGCUCGGGGUCGAAAUACCGCGACUCGUCCAGGCCACCGAUGGAAUCGGAGUACCGCAGCAACACAGGCCGAUCCAGACACUCCCACGCUCCCGAAUCCCGCAGCCAUGCGAGUUCGCGGCACUCUCCUGACUCAGAGUCAGACUGGUGCACUUAUGUUAGCUCCAAGCACACGACUGCGUCGUCGCGACCGCGAGACGCUGAAGCAGAGACAUAUGUCUCAGCUAAAACGGAUAAGUCAGCUGGUACGGCCCGUGGCACACGUACCUCACCGUCGCGAGCUCCCUUUAAAGCAGCAAGUAGGUAUCCGUCGUCUACUCAUAAGGGGUCCAAUGACAGGCGGGCGUCGCGACGUCUUGAAAGUCACGCCGGCAGCGGGUUUGCGGUCUGGGAUGAUGAUGAUGAUGAUGCUGGAAGCGUAGCGCCGAGUGACAGUAUUAGCAAUAUCGGGAGUCGACAUGGGAGGAGGUCGCAGCACGUCUGAGAUUGCUUGUUCUUGGGGCUUCUAAAGGGAGAAGCAUUCUAGGAGUACCUCGAUCCAACAAACGAGAUACUGUGCCGCACCAGCGCAAUUUAUUUCCCGAGUCGUUAGUUGGGAUCGUCACUUUGGAAUAGGUAUAAACCGGGUCCGUAUGGGUAUGGGCAGAGGUCUGGGGAAUAUGGUUCAUGGGUUCGGGAUAUAAGGGCUAGAUA